AGCGCGGAGCUGCCGUGGGGGGAGUGUAGCGGAUCCGUGAGGGCCGCUCCGCCCGCCCCGCGCUGCGGCGCAGCCGCCACGUGACCGCGCAGGGCCGGCGAGCGAACAUGGCUGCGGCGGAGGGACCCUCCUUUUGGCUGGGGAAUGAGACUUUGAAGGUGCCUGUGGCACUCUUUGCCUUGAACAGAAGACGGCUGUGUGAGCGCCUGAGGCAGAAUAAGGAUGUCCAGAAGAAUUCAAUAGUUCUGCUGCAGGGUGGAGAAGAAACCCAGAGAUACUGUACUGAUACUGGUAUUGUGUUUCGCCAGGAAUCUUACUUUCACUGGACUUUUGGAGUAACUGAAGCAGGCUGCUUUGGAGCAGUAGAUGUUGAUACUGGAAGAUCUAUGCUUUUUGUUCCACAACUCCCUGAAAGCUAUGCUGUUUGGAUGGGAAAGAUUCAUCCCCCUGAAUUUUUCAAGAACAAAUAUGCUGUGGAUGAAGCCUACUAUGUGACUGAGCUAUGCAGUGUGUUGGCUUCGAAGAAACCUGCUGUGCUUCUCACUUUGCGUGGUGUUAAUACUGACAGUGGAAAUGUCUCCAAAGAAGCUUCCUUUGAGGGGAUCAGCCAAUUUAAUGUGAACAACAAAAUUCUUCAUCCUGAAAUUGCAGAAUGUCGUGUCAUUAAGACAGACAUGGAGUUGGAAGUUCUGCGCUACACCAAUAAAAUCUCCAGUGAAGCUCAUAAAGAGGUAAUGAAGGCUGUAAAAGUAGGAAUGAAAGAAUACGAGCUGGAGAGCCUGUUCCAGCACUACUGCUACGCUCGAGGGGGCAUGCGCCACACCUCCUACACUUGCAUCUGUGGCAGUGGGGAGAACUCAUCUGUUUUGCACUAUGGCCAUGCUGGAGCCCCAAAUGAUAAAACUAUUGAAGAUGGAGACUUGUGCCUGUUUGAUAUGGGAGGAGAAUAUUACUGCUACAGCUCUGACAUCACCUGCACCUUCCCUGCCAAUGGCAAGUUCACAGCUGACCAGAGGGCUAUCUAUGAGGCAGUGCUGAAGGCCUCAAGGGCUGUCAUGGCAGCAGUCAAGCCAGGGGUGGCCUGGCCUGAUAUGCACCGUCUGGCUGACAGAGUCCAUCUGGAGGAGCUGACCAGAAUUGGCAUUCUGCAAGGCAGUGUGGAUGACAUGGUGAAGGUUCAUCUGGGUGCAGUAUUUAUGCCACACGGGCUUGGACAUCUCCUUGGAAUCGACGUGCAUGAUGUUGGAGGCUACCCAGAGGGCGUGGAGCGCGCGGAGGAGCCGGGGCUGUGCAGCCUGCGCACGGCGCGCCGCCUGCAGCCGGGCAUGGUGCUCACCAUCGAGCCGGGCAUCUACUUCAUCCAGCCCCUCCUGGAACAGGCCCUGCACGACCCUGCCCGGGCCUGCUUCAUCAACAGGGACGUCCUGCAGCGCUUCAGGGCCUUCGGCGGGGUGCGCAUCGAGGACGACAUCGUGGUGACAGCCACGGGCAUGGAGCUGCUCACCUGCGUCCCACGGACCGUGCAGGAGAUUGAGGCUUUCAUGGCAGAGGGCCAGGGCAGUGCCAAAUCAUUUGGCACCCUCUCCAGCCAAAAGCAGUAAACUUCAGGGUGGUGCUUAUUGCCUCAACUAAUCAGUCAUCGUUCUGAUUUAAUGCUGCAGCACAGAAAAUGAAAUGCAUCCAAUUCUUAAUGGCAAGAAAAUCAGCACUUUACAUGACCAAGCAGCAGCCAAAUAACCCUGCUGCCUUGUCAGUGGGGCUUAUACUUCUGUCACAUCUCAACUCAGAUGUAUCUUGCAAUUAAAUCUGAAUUUUGAUGAUUGGGAGUCUACCAAAUGGAUUAUCUGAAAGCUAUGAGCAAUUGUAACACUCUUAAGUCCUUUUUUAAACUUCAUCACAAGUACUGUGAAAAACAGAAAUAAAAAUCAGUUGUUCUCUGUGGACAUAAUUACAUUUUUCUUAUGGACCUGUAUCCAUGUACUAAGCAGAAACAAAUUUUUAUUAAAAUUCACCUUGGCAUCA